GACCCAGUUUGAAAGUGAACCACCGUCUCCAUUGAGUCGCAGCCUCAGCCACCAAACAACAACAAGAAGGACCGACAGGAACCGACCAGAACCGACCCGGACUCUGCUGCAGCCUGUACCGGCCCUCCUGACGAGCCGCCAGUAUGAUGCGUAAAGACGUCAACAAGCCGAAGGGGAAGACGUCGGCGUACGCCUUCUUCGUCCAGACGUGUAGAGAGGAACACCGGAAGAAGAACCCUGAGCAGUCGGUCAACUUUGCAGAGUUCUCCAAGAAAUGCUCCGAGAGAUGGAAGGCUCUGACAGCCAGUGAUAAGAAGUGUUUCGAGGACAUGGCAAAGGCCGACAAGGUGCGUUACAACAGAGAGAUGAGAGACUACAUCCCCCCCAAGGGCUUUGGAAAGAGGGGGCGCAAGAGGAAAGACCCCAACGCUCCCAAAAGACCCCCGUCUGCGUUCUUUGUGUUCUGCAGUGAGUACCGUCCCAGUGUGAAGCAGCAGUUUCCUGGUCUGUCUAUAGGAGACUGUGCCAAGAAACUGGGAGAGAUGUGGAGCAAACUGUCCCAGUCUGAGAAACUGCCCUACGAGGAGAAGGCCCAGAAACUACGAGAGAAAUACGACCGGGACAUGGUGGCGUACCGCGGCGGCGGAACGUACGCCAGCAGGAAUCCUGGCUCCUCAGCUCAGGGAGGAGAGGAAGAGGAGGAUGAUGAGGGAGAGGAUGAAGAUGAGGAGGAGGAGGAGGAUGACGAGUAGAAACGAAGAGCUGCAGCUGGAUGAGAGAAAGAGAUACGGAGAGUGUGUGAGACAGGUGUGUGUGUGUUUCAGAGGACGAGACAGAUGAGGAGUCUGACACGGACCAGACACACUGAUGCUGUCUAAUACACACACACACACACACACACACAUACAGGUGUGUUACACACUGACACAGCUCAAAACACACAGGUGAGUCACACAGAGGUGUGUUAUACGUAGACGUGUCAAAUAAGGGACUUACACACUGGUGUAUGUUACACAGGUGUGUUACCUACAGGUGUAGCCUAUACACCUGUAGGUAACACACCUGUGUGUAGCAUACCUGUUUGUAUCUCGCCUGUUUGUAACUCAGAAAGUUGUUGUUCAGAAAGGAAGUGAAGCUCUGAGCGUGGCGGCCAUGAUGACUUCCUGCUGCAGGUGAUAUUAGGGAGAGUAGAAGAAGAAGAGGGACAGGUGAGGGUAAAGGUAAGCUCAGCCAGCUGCCAGCCAAUCAGGAGCAGCUAUUCUGUGACAGAAUCAAUAGUGUUAACUGUUUAAAAGCUUUGUCGUGAUUGGUGUAAAGUCAUGUGAUGUCAUCAUAGAAACCGGACCAAAGUCGGGACAAACGCUCACCUCGUGUUUUUAAAUGUCUUCCAUAUGAUACACUAGACUGUACCUGUACCGAACUGUACCUGUACCAGUCAGACUUUACCUGUACCAGAGUCAGACUGUACCUGUACCAGACUGUACUUGCACCAGAGUCAGACUGUACCUGUACCAGACUGUACUUGCACCAGAGUCAGACUGUACCUGUACCAGACUGUACUUGUGUCAGACUUUACCUGUACCAGACUGUACCUGCACCAGAGUCAGACUGUACCUGUACCAGUCUGUACUUGCACCAGAGUCAGACUGUACCUGUACCAGACUGUACCUGCACCAGAGUCAGACUGUACCUGUACCAGACUGUACCAGAGUCAGACUGUACCUGUACCAGACUGUACCUGCACCAGAGUCAGACUGUACCUGUACCAGACUGUACCUGCACCAGAGUCAGACUGUACCUGUACCAGACUGUACCUGCGUCAGACUGUACCUGUACCUACUGUUCACACACCUGCAAGACUGCAGGUAUCGCACUUUGGUACAAAUACAGACUGAACAUCAUCACAGUAACUCUACACGUCAGGAGAACUCCUCAGGUAAAGACGUGUUCAGAUCGGUUCUGAGGAGAGUACAGCGAACUCCUCAGGUAAAGACGUGUUCAGAUCGGUUCUGAGGAGAGUACAGCGAACUCCUCAGGUAAAGACGUGUUCAGAUCGGCUCUGAGGAGAGUCCGGAGAACUCCUCAGGUAAAGACGUGUUCAGAUCGGUUCUGAGGAGAGUCCGGAGAACUCCUCAGGUAAAGACGUGUUCAGAUCGGUUCUGAGGAGAGUCCGGAGAACUCCUCAGGUAAAGACGUGUUCAGAUCGGUUCUGAGGAGAGUCCGGAGAACUCCUCAGGUAAAGACGUGUUCAGAUCGGUUCUGAGGAGAGUCCGGAGAACUCCUCAGGUAAAGACGUGUUCAGAUCGGUUCUGAGGAGAGUCCGGAGAACUCCUCAGGUAAAGACGUGUUCAGAUCGGUUCUGAGGAGAGUCCGGAGAACUCCUCAGGUAAAGACGUGUUCAGAUCGGUUCUGAGGAGAGUCCGGAGAACUCCUCAGGUAAAGACGUGUUCAGAUCGGUUCUGAGGAGAGUCCGGAGAACUCCUCAGGUAAAGACGUGUUCAGAUCGGUUCUGAGGAGAGUCCGGAGAACUCCUCAGGUAAAGACGUGUUCAGAUCGGUUCUGAGGAGAGUCCGGAGAACUCCUCAGGUAAAGACGUGUUCAGAUCGGUUCUGAGGAGAGUCCGGAGAACUCCUCAGGUAAAGACGUGUUCAGAUCGGUUCUGAGGAGAGUCCGGAGAACUCCUCAGGUAAAGACGUGUUCAGAUCGGUUCUGAGGAGAGUCCGGAGAACUCCUCAGGUAAAGACGUGUUCAGAUCGGUUCUGAGGAGAGUCCGGAGAACUCCUCAGGUAAAGACGUGUUCAGAUCGGUUCUGAGGAGAGUCCGGAGAACUCCUCAGGUAAAGACGUGUUCAGAUCGGUUCUGAGGAGAGUCCGGAGAACUCCUCAGGUAAAGACGUGUUCAGAUCGGUUCUGAGGAGAGUCCGGAGAACUCCUCAGGUAAAGACGUGUUCAGAUCGGUUCUGAGGAGAGUCCGGAGAACUCCUCAGGUAAAGACGUGUUCAGAUCGGUUCUGAGGAGAGUCCGGAGAACUCCUCAGGUAAAGACGUGUUCAGAUCGGUUCUGAGGAGAGUCCGGAGAACUCCUCAGGUAAAGACGUGUUCAGAUCGGUUCUGAGGAGAGUCCGGAGAACUCCUCAGGUAAAGACGUGUUCAGAUCGGUUCUGAGGAGAGUCCGGAGAACUCCUCAGGUAAAGACGUGUUCAGAUCGGUUCUGAGGAGAGUCCGGAGAACUCCUCAGGUAAAGACGUGUUCAGAUCGGUUCUGAGGAGAGUCCGGAGAACUCCUCAGGUAAAGACGUGUUCAGAUCGGUUCUGAGGAGAGUCCGGAGAACUCCUCAGGUAAAGACGUGUUCAGAUCGGUUCUGAGGAGAGUCCGGAGAACUCCUCAGGUAAAGACGUGUUCAGAUCGGUUCUGAGGAGAGUCCAGCGAACUCCUCAGGUAAAGACGUGUUCAGAUCGGUUCUGAGGAGAGUACAGCGAACUCCUCAGGUAAAGACGUGUUCAGAUCGGCUCUGAGGAGAGUCCGGAGAACUCCUCAGGUAAAGACGUGUUCAGAUCGGUUCUGAGGAGAGUCCGGAGAACUCUUCAGGUAAAGACGUGUUCAGAUCGGUUCUGAGGAGAGUCCGGAGAACUCCUCAGGUAAAGACGUGUUCAGAUCGGUUCUGAGGAGAGUCCGGAGAACUCUUCAGGUAAAGACGUGUUUGUCUCUCAGCAGGUGGAGGACAUCAUAUCUCAUUAACACCUGAGUUUUAACAGAGAUGAUGUGGAGACGUCUCUGUGGGAACCUGUCCAAUGUUUCCUGUUGAUCAGUUAUUGAUUAACGAUCAGCUGAUCGAUCAAUGAUGGCACUUACUCAGUUCAGUGUGUUAACUGGUUUUAGGUAGGUAGACCACAUGGAUCAGUUGACACGAGGUCAUGUGACUGAAUCAGACUUCCUGUAUCAAAGAUCAGAUUUUAAACCGUUGAUCAUAUGAUCAAUAAUCAAUAAUCAGUAAUCAUCAGUGUUCUGAACCUGACAGAUGGGUCGCUCUGAAACACACACACAGGACCAGAGUGAGUGUGUGUCGCAGUGUGUGUUUGUGUGAGUGUGUGUAUGUGUGUGAUAAUGGUGUGUGUGUGUGUGUGUGUGUGUGUGUGUGUGUGUGCGUGCGCGUGUGAUGGCUUUCAGUAACGUGUGUGUGAGAUUGUGUGUGUCAGAGGUCAUCAGAUGUUAAACUGUCCGUCACCAGAGGACAGUAGAGUUACCCCCCCCCCCCCACCUCACUGUUACCAUGGUUACCCCUGCCCCCCCACUCCCACCCCUGUGUGUUACCAUGGACACCCCCCCCUCCCGCCCCCCCCCUUCAUCAUCAUCAUCAUCAUCAUCAUCAUCAUCAUGAUGUUGUUGUUUUUUAUUUUCUUACUGGAGCUUUUUCUGUUGCUUUGUUUCACUGUCCUCCUGUAGAGACACAUUGUCCUCCUGUAGAGACACAUUGUCCUCCUGUAGAGACACAUUGUCCUCCUGUAGAGAUGUCCACUUUUCUAAUAAACUGAGGAAAAACGCA